UAAAACUCUGGAGGUAACUGACAAAAACCGUACAACAUUACGAAUCUUGUUCCUUACGCAACGUAUAAAGUUAAUGUAACCGCUGGCAAUUCUGAAGGCUUUGGUAGAUCAACUACAGCUACUUUUAGAACUGCUGAAGAUGUUCCCGAAGGUCCACCUUUAAAUGUUCAAAUUGUCGCCUUAAGCAGUUCAUCGUUAUCAGUUACGUGGGAGCCACCAGACAAGAAGAAAACAAAUGGAAAGAUAGUCAAUUACACUGUUUGUAUUACACAUUUGGAGAAUGAAACCUGUUCAAUGAAGUAUAUGAUCGAGGAACAGCGUUUGGACAUAAAUAAUGUGAAACCAGGGACAAAAUAUUAUGUUCGUGUUUUAGCUUCUACAAUAGUGGGAUCUGGAUGUUACAGCAAUGUUACAUGGGUAUUUACAAAUGGAUUGGCACCUGAACUGUCCACCAAGCAGAUUGGAAAUACGUUGACUUAUUUGUUGCAAAAUCCAAAUUUGGAAUAUCGAUAUUUCUAUGUAGUCGCGAUGAAAAAUGUCACAGAAGAGAGUCGAUUGCCUUCUAACUUUAAAAACACAGACUUAGUGACUUAUUCUAAGGCCAUAUCUUCCACACAACCAAUGCCGUAUAUUGCUGCUGUAGUCUCUCGCAGAGACUUUAAGCCUAAUUUUACACUUGGUGACGGUGAAACCACAACACGGCGUUCCAAUGGUGAAAAUUAUUAUAAUGGCCCGCUAAAGCCUGGCACUAGCUACAAAAUAUUUCAGCGCGUUUUCAUAAAUGAUCAGGGUGAUUAUUAUUCCACUGACUGGAGUCCAGUGGCAGCAACUGCCCAAAAGCACAAGUCUUCAGUUCCCGAAGGUCCACCUUUAAAUGUUCAAAUUGUCGCCUUAAGCAGUUCAUCGUUAUCAGUUACGUGGGAUCCACCAGACAAGAAGAAAACAAAUGGAAAGAUAGUCAAUUACACUGUUUGUAUUACACAUUUGGAGAAUGAAACCUGUUCAAUGAAGUAUAUGAUCGAGGAACAGCGUUUAGACAUAAAUAAUGUGAAACCAGGGACAAAAUAUUAUGUUCGUGUUUUAGCUUCUACAAUCGUGGGAUCUGGAUGUUACAGCAAUAUUACAUGGGUAUUUACAAAUGGAUUGGCACCUGAACUGUCCACCAAGCAGAUUGGAAAUACGUUGACUUAUUUGUUGCAAAAUCCAAAUUUGGAAUAUCGAUAUUUCUAUGUAGUCGCGAUAAAAAAUAUCACAGAAGAGAGUCGAUUGCCUUUUAACUUUAAAAACACAGACUUAGUGACUUAUUCUAAGGCCAUAUCUUCCACACAACCAAUGCCGUAUAUUCCUGCUGUAGUCUUUCGCAGAGACUUUAAGCCUAAUUUUACACUUGGUGACGGUGAAACCACAACACGGCGUUCCAAUGGUGAAAAUUAUUAUAAUGGCCCGCUAAAGCCUGGCACUAGCUACAAAAUAUUUCAGCGCGUUUUCAUAAAUGAUCAGGGUGAUUAUUAUUCCACUGACUGGAGUCCAGUGGCAGCAACUGCCCAAAAGCACAAGUCUUCAGUUCCCGAAGGUCCACCUUUAAAUGUUCAAAUUGUCGCCUUAAGCAGUUCAUCGUUAUCAGUUACGUGGGAGCCACCAGACAAGAACAAAACAAAUGGAAAGAUAGUCAAUUACACUGUUUGUAUUACACAUUUUGAGAAUGAAACCUGUUCAAUGAAGUAUAUGAUCGAGGAACAGCAUUUGGACAUAAAUAAUGUGAAACCAGGCACAAAAUAUUAUGUUCGUGUUUUAGCUUCUACAAUAGUGGGAUCUGGAUGUUACAGCAAUGUUACAUGGGUAUUUACAAAUGGAUUGGCACCUGAACUGUCCACCAAGCAGAUUGGAAAUACGUUGACUUAUUUGUUGCAAAAUCCAAAUGUGGAAUACCGGUAA